AUGUCUGUUCCCGGCGGGGCUUACGGUGUACUUUCAGCCGAUGGCCGAAGCAGGCGCUUGCUUAUGAGCGAGCCCGAAGUUCAAACCUCACGUACAUCUGUCGACUACCAGGAGCAUGAAAGGUCUGAAAGGUCUGAAAGACCACUUAUCCCUGGGGCCAGCAAGGAAGUCCAAACUCUGCUUCUGCAACAUGAGAACUAUCUCCGCGAAACCACGCUGCUUACUCGAACGGAGAGAAAUGGCGAAGGCGAUCAAGGGCAGCUGGAUAUCGACUACCAUGUUGAGAUAUACUUCGCGCAUUUUCAUUCUCAAUGGCCGAUCAUUCACAAGCCCUCCUUCCACCUAAGUAAAGACUCGCAACCACAUGUUCUGAUCUUAAGCUUUGCUAUGAUCGGGCUAUGGGUUACUGGCGGGAGGGCUGCGCGGACAAGAGCGAAGAAUAUGCAUGAGAAAUUAGUGACAUUGUUAGAGAGUCGCAUGGGAGACUGGAAGUCGCAGAAAGACUUCAAGGAUACAUCAUGGCCGAUGUCGACAUUCCAAGCCGUCCUUCUGAACGUGAUAUUCGCACCGAUGAGAGAGGCCCCUCCAGAUCUGCAGAACCGUUGCUCAUCGAUAGUCCGCGCACUAACGACAACUUGUAUCGCCGGUGGCUUAUUCUGCUACGGCCGCAUCCGUGCACAGCUGACGCCAAAUAAAUCGCUACUAUUCUCGUGGACAUAG